AAGCGUGCAUGUCUGGGUCUUUUGCUGAAAGUCAUUGACUUUUUUGCUAGUAACGGCUCCCCUGCUAGCGGAGAAGCGUUCAAGAGGAUUAACAAAGCCGAUCUUGUUGCGAAGAUGAUAGAAAUUGUUGGCAAAUGUACAGAUCAGUCCCAUGAGCAAGUGGAAGAGGAUGUCUUUAUUAUCAAGCACGCAACAAAGCUCUUGCUAUGCUUGUGUCUCAAUGAUGAAAACGCGCUGAACAGCUUUCUUAAAUAUCCCAAUUUACGUCAAUGGUUACUGUCUGCUCUCGCGCAAUGUCAAUCUGAAGAGUCGAGACAGGAAAUUGCACGAAUGAUAUAUCGGUUCUGUGUCAUGAACACCGAACCAAUGAUUGAUGAAAACACUGACCAACGAUUACGCGCGCACGAAUUCUUCAUCCGACUUCUAAUUUCUUUUUUGCCCGAGUUAGAAAACCAUGUAUUUUCCAGUAAAGAGUAUUUUGAUUUGUGUGGAGAUUUAUUAGGCUUAUUUACAAAGACAACGGACUAUAAUGUGAAAGAGUUAUUUAUAGAGCUUGUCAAUCGGUUGAGGCAACAUCCUAUUCGAGAGCAAUCACAUGUAUGCAGUGACGACACCGUAGUCGUAGGGUUACUAAAGUUGAUAAAAAUUCUUGUCGAAAAAUACAGCGAAUUGAAACGGAUACCUGAGUUAGACAACAGCUUGAUCGAUAUGAUAUUCCAUGAUUGUCUGUUCGAAAUACCAGUAAUGAAACACUCAGGAUCAACAUGUCUGCCACCAAAAUGUAAACUCGAUCUCUCCCGUAACACUGCAAUGGAACUUUUAUAUGAAUUAGCAAAAGACUGUCCAGAAAACUUUUCUUAUUUAACAGAAUUACUUCUACAACAACUUGAUCGUGGUAAUCAAUUAAACAAUCAGUGGAACUAUUGUCCAAAGGCAUCGCAAAAGGCUGUAUCAGGUUACGUAGGACUACAAAAUCUUGAUGAGAACAAGGAUGAAAGUCUACUAUAUCAGUUGCAGGUGGUUUUUGGGCAUUUACAAGAAAGUGCAAAGAAAGCAUACGAAGCCACGCCUUUCUGUCGUGCUUAUAAGGACUAUGAUGGACAACCUCUCAAUGUUGCCGUACAGAUGGAUGUUGAUGAAUAUUUUGCCGGAUUAUUUGACAGAUUGGAGAACAGUGUGACUGGUACACCUCAGGCUGUGUUGUUUAAGGAACAUUUUGGAGGAACGACAGUGCAGCAGAUAAAAUCGCGAGAAUGUACGCACUCUAGUCAAAUGAUUGUCAACCAAGCAGGAUUUAAUUUAUAUUCUCCUCCAAAUAGGACAUGCUUUAAAAAGCUACCGAAUAACUUAAUAAUACAUUUAAAACGAUUUGAUUUCGAUUAUGAAGCUUCAAAACGCAUUAAAAUCAACGACUUUUUUGAAUUUCCUACUGAAAUCAACAUGGAACCAUACACCCUUGAUUAUCUAACGAAGAAGGAAUCUGGUCAACUGGACGAAUUAAACAUGGACACGUCUAACAUGUCUCAAUACGAGUACGAACUCGUCGGUGUAUUAGUACACACUGGCACCGCAGAUUCUGGACAUUACUAUUCCUUCAUCAAGGAGCGUAAGCCAGCACCUGGCGAUCCAUCAACAGAAAGACGAUGGUAUCAGUUCAAUGAUUCUAAUGUGGAAUUGUUUGACGCAAGGGAAAUUCCUAAACAGUGUUAUGGCGGCCCAGAACAGAUUACCCAAUGGGAUCCCAAUUUAGGGAAGAGUGUCACUCGAACAUUUCCAAGACCUUACAGCGCUUAUAUGUUAUUUUAUGAAAGAUGCUCCGACACAUCAAACGAUAUCAUGUCUCCGGCAGCAAAAGACCAUGCCUCCAAUGUACCUUCUGACAUCUAUACUCAUGUAUGGGAUGAAAACAUAGGUUUUCUCAAAGACAGGAAUAUAUUUGAUACGGCCUAUUUCCGUCUGUUGUGGAAUGUUCUUCAUUCCAUCGACGCCCAUACAAUUGAUCAAUUGACAUCACCCGAGAAAGACGUUGAUUUUACAUUCCGCAUCAUCCAAAUAUCGAGUGAAUUU